GCAAGACACAAAGGACUUUCUCAGAUCCAUGAUCACAAGGAUAUGUUACUUGUGAAAGCUACAGCAAAAAGGAAAGGAAUUAAACCCACAGAUGUAAAAGGACUCUUACCCCUGAUGAUACUAAUGGUGAUAAUUUUCCUGAUGAUUGUGUUCUGGGAAAACGAGCUGUAUGAAGAAACAGUGGUGUCAACCAUAGAACACUUGCACGUGGACUACCCUCAGAGUAAUAUUGCUGUAAGGUACUGCAACCACAUGAUCUUAGAAAGAAUCAUCAAGGAACCUGACAACACCUGCAAAAAGGAGCAUGUCUUCAUCCACGAGAGGCCUCGACAGAUCAAUCGUGUUUGCACUUCUCCCAAGAGGACGGCUUGCCAAAACCAUUCCAGCAUUUUAUGCUUCCAGAGUGAGACAAAGUUCAAAAUGACAGUCUGUAAGCUCAUUGAAGGUAUCAGAUAUCCUGCCUGCAGGUACCACAUUUCCCCCACAGAGGGGUUUCUUGUAGUCACUUGUGAUGACAUGGGGCCCGUUAACUUCCAGAAAUAUGUUGAAUAACUUGAGACCAGCACCUGAAUCUGAGAUCCUCUCUGCUCCUCUCCCAGGGGCACUGGUGCUGGUUCUUCCUGGCACACAUCUGACUGUGGACAUGGGGGGAAAGCCCAAGUGAAAUGGUAGCCACCAGUAAUUCAUUUAUCCUUCUAGUAUGGCUGAGCUGGAAUCUUCUUAUUCUGCUUCAAUAAAAAACUAAAUGAGCUGGAAUCUUCUUACUCUGCUUCAAUA